AACUAGUGAACCCGCUCCCUGGGAGGUAUUGCCAGGGGCGGCACUGGCAUCACAGGAAGUGGGGGGGACAAGGACAGAGCCAACAGGAGUAGGGCGGGGAUCAGGGAGAGAAUCCGGGAAGGAGGUAGAGGCAGGAUCCGGAGCCUCCAUAGGUGAGACGCCGGAAGGUGGCUCCUCCUGGCCAGGCUCAAGGAUCUGGGAAGUGGGCAGGGGACCCCUAACGAUGCCGGGCUCAGCCACUGUGGCACGUGCGGCAGCCUCGGCACCCAGAGAGAGAUGGUGGUCAAUGGGGUCCCCGCUGAGGAAGGAGGGCGGGUCCUCCACACCCAAGAGGGACACCCCCUGGGAAGCGGGUCUCAGCAGCGGGGCACUGGCCGUCGCCCCAAGGGGCUCGGCAGCUGCCAACAGAGUGCCACCCACAGCCGAGUCGAGGGAAGAUUCCAGGGGACCCUCAGAGGUGGGAGCAGAAACAGCGGGUAGGGGAAGGGAACCCAGGGACAGGGGGGAUGUAGUGAGGUCGCCCAGAUCGAGGCCCGCCGGCAGAGGGUCGUCCUCCCCCUGCGUGACCGGGGUCAAACCCAGGGCCUCGAUUUCUGCGUAGAUGGGAGGGAGAUCACAGUCCACCACCCCAGGGCCCUCCCCGCCAGCACCCGAGGCGAUACCCACCGCGGCGCUCUCAGAGGCGCCAAGUGGGAAGGGGGCGAGAGAGGCUCCCUCGGGGGCAUCCACGGGAAGGGACCCCGGAGGAGGGGCGGUGUCACCUUCCGGUGCUGCCACGGCAUCCCCAGCCGGCACCACAAACUGGGAGUCAUCAGGGGACAAGGCGGGAGACUCGACAUCGGCGCCCCCCUUCCUGCUCUUCCGGGGGGCCUCCGAAUCCGAAGUAUGUAAAGAAACUCGAGCCUUCCGCUUGCCCCGCUUCCCCUGCACUAAGGACCAGCCCUCCAUGGCAUCAUCCGGGGGCUGGCUAACAGGGGUCGGCUCGGGGGGCAAGGGCAAUGGCUCAGGGACUCGAGGAGGCAGUGGUGGGACAGCAGAAACCGGGGAGGAUUCCCCCUGGGACGAGCCCUCUCCCACGGCCGGCGGUAGCCCCGCCACACCCUCCUCCACAGAGGUGGACCGAGAAGGAGGAGGAGGGGCAGCUUCGGGUGCCGGGCAGCUAGGGGGACCGGCGAUGACAGGGUCGGCGCCUUGCCGGGGCUCAGGGGUCCCGGACGCUCCUCCGUGCUGGGCCAAGGGACAGUCCCUCCGGACGUGCCCCAUCGCCCGGCAGAGGUAGCACCGGGCCUCCCCCGUUGAGUAAUGCACCCGGUAGUGGGCUCCCUGGUAAGGGACCAGAAAGGACCCCUCGAGCGCCUCUCCGCCACGCGCCGCCGGCGGCAGUUGAAGCUGCACUUGCCGGCGGAACGAGAGAACAUGACGGAGGGCGGGGUCCUUGCAGCCCAAGGGGAGAGGGCUGAUGACAGAGAUGGGGCGUCCCAGGGCAGAAAGGGCGGGCAGCAGGGCGGCAUUGGGCAGGAAGGGAGGGACGGAGGUCAAGAUCAAGCGGACCCCCAGGUCUUCUAACGGCUCCAGGGGGACGAACACGCCCCCCACCGCCAGGCCCGUC